UUGGUAGCGGAUUUGAAUCAGAAAACAAUUUACCAGAAGUGUCUGGAUCCAGAAUGCCGAGAGGUGAAUUAUCGAUCACCAGGAAUAUCUUUUGAAAGAGGUGGCAACUCCACAGAUAGCUUCUUCUUUAGCUCAAUAACAGAUGAUGAUGAACUUCUUGUUGCAAUUCUUGAUUCCGCCCACACAUAA